GUCUCGCUAGAGCGACAGUGCGUCAUUGCUAUAACUGCGCUUUGUUAUGGAUUCCAAUUCGGAUUCAUUUGACAAUAUGCCGCUACCGAAGAUCGAAUUAGAAGCGGAACCUGAAUCACCGACGCACAAGAAAGAGGUUCGUUACAAUUGGAACACUGAGAGCACAAUGAAACUCAUCGAAACUAUGGAGAAGGAGUGCAAGGAAUUGUGGGACGUAAAACAUCCGGCGAAUAAGGACAGAGCCGCCCGGCAAGCCCGAAUGGAAUAUUUGGCGGGCAUUUUCGAUACGACCUUGGAAGAGAUAAGUCGAAAGAUACACAAUUUGAGGUCUCAGUUUAACAACGAAGUGCGGAAGAUACGGAAGAGGACGGGGGGCCUGGUGGCGGCGGGGAUAAGCAGCUGGGAUUACUUCGACGCGCUGUCAUUUCUACUGCGCACGCCCCCCGACCCCCUCGACGUACCACUCGUCGCACCCCUUAAGGGGGUCAACCUUGCGCUAGCAGAGUUCCAAGCGGAGGAGGAAGUGGCAUUCGGCAGGGGAGGCCGUAUGAGCCAAAGCCCGCGGAUCCUGAUGGUGCGCAAUGUCUGCUCCUCGUCACCCAAUCCUCUACCUCAGAAGGUCUGGAACGAGGAACCGGUCAUACUCGUUAAUCAGGAACCCCGUCCUGAUGACUGCCAGGUAUUUGGUGACUUCGUAGCGUCGCAGUUAAGACAGUUGCCUUCUCAAGAGGCACGCAGUAGAUUGAUGCAAAUGAUACAGAAAGCAGUCCUACAAGUCGCGCAAGAGGAGACUGAAGUCGCCCAAGAAGAAAAUUAAAGCUAUAUUUCUGCUACUAUUGAGUCAAAGAACUAAUGUAGUGUGAGGUUAUGUUGUCUCCAUAAAAAUGUAUGCAUUUAUUAUGCUUAUGUGUUCUAAAUCUUAAAUAUUUAAGAAAAAUAAAGGGACAGACAGAUGGAUGGAUAACAAAGUGAUCCUAUAAAGGUUCCGUUUUUUUCUUGUCGAUUUACGGAACCCUGAAAACAACUAGAUAACAACAAAAGUAUGUGAUUUAUGUAAAUAUUUAAUCUAUAUAUUAUCGAAGAUAAUUAUAAUUAUGUUCG